AUGACCCCGGCUCUGAGGGAGGCAGCAACAAAGGGUAUCUGCUUUUCAUCUUUGUCAAGUACCAUGGAAUCGGACAAGAUGCUGUGCGUGGAAAGUCCAAGAACUGUAGAUGAAAAGCUAAAAGGAGACACUUUCUCUCAGAUGCUGGGAUUUCCAACUCCUGAACCUACUCUUAACACUAAUUUUGUGAAUUUAAAACAUUUUGGCUCCCCUCAGUCUUCAAAACAUUACCAGACAGUUCUUUUAAUGAGUUCUAACGCUACGUUAAAUAAAUACAAUGAGAAUUAUAAACAGAAGAAAUUAGGGGAACCCAACUGCAAUAAGCUGAAAAACAUACUGUGUAAUGGCGGCAAUAUUCAGCUCAGUAAAAUCUGUCAUUCUCGUUCUGAGGAGUUCAUCAAAAAGGAAACUCUGUCAAAUACCACAAGUCCAUGCGUGACAGAUGUACAAAUUAUUUUGGAUUCAAAUGUAACCAAAGACACUAAUGUAGAUAAAGUACAACUGAAAAACUGUAAAUGGUACCAAAAGAAUGCACUUUUGGAUAAAGUUAGUGGUGGUGAGAUUAAAAAGGGUUUAUUGCACCAUGCUCAAAACAAAAUUGGACCUGACCACUCAUAUGUGCCUAUUAGUUCCUCAGCUGCUGAAAAGGAGGAGGAAGUGAAUGCUCGCUUACUUCAGUGUGUAAGUAAACAGAAAAUUUUACUUAGCCAGGCUAGAAGAACUCAGAAACAUUUGCAGAUGCUCCUGGCAAAGCAUGUUGUUAAGCACUAUGGUCAACAGAUGAAAUUUUCUAUGAAACAUCAGCUCCCCAAAGUAAAGAUUUUUCAUGAACCUACCACAAUUUUGGAUAACAGUUUACCUAAAUGCACUGAAAUUAAGCCAGACAUCAACAUAUUGACUGCAGAGACUAAAUUGUGGAAUGAUACAAAAAAUGGCUUUGCAAGGUGUACGGCUGCAGAAAUCCAAAGAUUUGCACUGUCUGCUACAGGGCUGUUGUCUCAUGUUGAAGAGGGUCUGGAUUCUGAUGCAACUGAUAGCAGCUCUGAUGACGAUUUGGAUGAAUAUACCGUUAGAAAAAAUGUGUCAGUUGACUGUAGCACUGAAUGGAAGUGGCUUGUAGACAGAGCAAGAGUUGGCAGCCGAUGGACAUGGCUUCAAGCCCAGAUUUCAGAGCUAGAAUACAAAAUCCAACAACUAACAGAUGUUCACAGGCAGAUUCGUGCCUCCAAGGGGAUAGUGAUCUUAGAAGAAUGUCGACUUUCAAAAGACAUAUUGAAAAAGCAAGUACAAUUUGCAGACCAACCAGCUUCCUUAAACACUUCUGGGAAUCCCCAGAUCCCUCAAGAGAGUCAAGAUCCUUUACCAGAACAAGAUUUUGAAAUGUCACCAAGUAGCCCUACGCUGCUUCUUCGCAAUAUAGAAAAACAGAGUGCACAGUUGACUGAAAUCAUCAAUAGUUUGAUUGCCCCUCUCAACUUGUCCCCUACAUCAUCACCCCUCUCUUCUAAAUCGUGUAGCCAUAAAUGUCUGGCUAAUGGCAUUUCCAGGAGUGCUUCAGAGAAUUUAGAUGAGCUCUCUUCCUCCAGUAGCUGGUUGCUUAACCAGAAGCACAGUAAGAAAAGGAGAAAAGACAGGACAAGACUGAAAUCUCCAUCCCUGACUAUCAUGAGCACAGCCGCUCGAACAAGGCCACUUCAGAGUUUCCACAAACGAAAACUCUACAGGUUGAGCCCAUUUUAUUGGACUCCACAGACUUUGCCUUCAAAAGAAACAAGGUUUUUAAAUACCACACAGAUGCCUUGCCUGCAGUCAGCUUCAAUUUGGAGUAGCUGUGAACACAAUUCAAAGUCUGAAAUGUUAACGGAACAUGUAUCAGAGUUAGAUUCUUCUUUCCAUUCUGUUCUAUCAUUGCCAUCAGAUGUGCCUCUUCGUUUUCACUUUGAAACAUUGUUAAAAAAAACUGAAAUAAAAGGAGAUCUUACUGAAAAUAAAUUUUUAGGAGACUGUAUCAUAUCUCCAUCACCUGUACAUAAUAAUUCUCUGAAUCAAUGGAGAAAUGGAUAUUCCUCUAUAUGCAAGCCUCAAAUAAAGUCAGAAUCUUCCGUGCAGCUAUUACAGGGAAGAAAGAAAAGACACUUGAGUGAAACAGCAAUAGGAGAAAGAACUAGAUUUGAAGAAUUUGCUUUUCGGCGCACAGAACCAGGAUCCCAAAGCAGUUUUACUGCAGUUACUAAUGUCAAUGUUAUAUCCAGAACCCAGAAUUCAUCAUCACAAAGCACAGCGCGGCGGAGACUGCGAAGCGAGAGCUCUUAUGACAUAGACAAUAUUGUGAUCCCCAUGUCGCUAGUGGCCCCAGCUAAACUAGAGAAGCUCCAAUACAAGGAAAUACUUACGCCAAGCUGGAGGAUGGUUGUUCUUCAGCCUUUGGAUGAAUAUGAUUUAGGUGAAGAAGAGAUAGAAAAUCUCUCUGAUGAAGUCUUCUCCCUCAGACACAGAAAGCAUGAAGAGAAGGAGCAAGCCAGAUGGUCACUGUGGGAACAAAGCAAGUGGCAGAGAAGAAACAGCAGAGCUUACACUAAAAAUGUUGAAGGACAGGACCUACUUUUGAAAGACUACCCUUAUGAUUUCAGCGGUGGGCAGCACUGUGCAGUGGGGAGCCCUGCUGAGCCUCCGUCAGAGAGCCAGGCUCCCAGCGCACACAGCUCACCUUCACUGAGUCAGAGUCAAGAGGCCAAGUCUUUGUGGUGGGAACGACGGGCUUUUCCGCUGAAGGAUGAAGACAUAGAAGCCUUAUUAUGCCAAGAUGAAAAAAAUGAUCAGGUUGAAAGAUCAAGCCCAGCUUUCCAUGGCGAAGUCUUCUGCACCAGUGCGCCAGAGAAUGGCCACCAUCCAAAAAGGCAGGCAGACGGAAUGGAAGAGUACAAAACCCUUGGUCUAGGACUUACUCGUGUGAAAAAAAAUAGGUGA